AGAGGCUUCUUCUUUUUGACAAACAGGCGGUACACCACGUCCGGACCAUAUACGCCAUGUCGUUUAUAUGGGGCAGCACUUAAAAAUAACAUAUUCUGCUUAACCGCUUAACAACGACAUGUCGUAUAGAACUAAAGCCUCACCGAGAAAAGAUGCAUGGCAAUAACUCAUUGAGUGGUGAACAGAAGUUUCAAGUCCGGAGGUUGGAGAUAUCCGACAAAAGCAAAGGUUUUUUAGAGUUAUUGCAACAAUUAACAGUUUGUGAUUCUGUGUCAGACAAGGAAUUUGAAGCCCGGUUCCAAGAGAUUAGCUCUUAUGGUGAUGACCAUCUUAUAUGUGUAAUUGAAGAUGAACAAUCUGGGAAGAUAAUUGCAACUGGGAGUGUGUUUAUUGAAAAGAAGUUCAUAAGGAAUUGCGGGGAAGUCGGGCACAUUGAAGAUGUUGUGGUCGAUUCCACUGCUCGAGGGAAACAGUUGGGAAAGAAGAUUAUCACCUUCCUGACAGACCAUGCUCAAUCAAUGGGAUGCUAUAAGGUCAUUCUAGAUUGCUCUACUGAGAAUAAAUCAUUUUAUGAGAAGUGUGGAUACAGGCAGAAAGAAAUUCAGAUGGUGAAGUAUUUCAAUUGAGAACUGCAUCUAUCCUUUCAAAAUUACCAAUAUGUAUUUGAUAUCAAUUUCUAGUGCAAUUGUACAAGGAACAACUGCAUGUUGUUGCUUUUGUUGCUUCAAGAAUUGUCUUACACUGUUAGAAACCUGAAAUUAGAGGAUUUGUUGGGCUGCAAAGUGAUAGGACUAGGCCAAGCACACAAUGGUGGUGAAGAUGAGAAAUUUAUUUAUGUGAAAGUAGUCAGAAAUGUAUGUUUCAAGGAGGGAGUCGGUGUCUUAAUAAUCUUGCUCAAGGUGUUUCAGAUUAUCUAUCUUUUUUCCUUUCUCUGCAA